CUCAGGUUCGUAGAGUGGAGUGCAGAGAACAGCAAGCCUCAAAAAUGGAGUCAGAAGAAAAGAGGUCGGGUAAGUUGGCCGACAGAGAUGGCAGUGCACAUGUUUCAAAACUGUCACUGUUUGUUGCCUUUGCAAAGGACGUUCUGUAGAUUAUAUGCUAAACGAACACUCCCUGAAAUGUGCACACAAUCUGGUUACAUGUGCACAUGCAGCCAAAGACUAAGGAUGCAGCCUCCUCCCAUCAGAGGGAGAGCAAUUCCAAGUUUUGAGGGUUAAAAACAAAACACUAAUAAUAUUGAUAACAUCAGCAAAAGGAAAAUGACAUAAAGCUAACAAGCAAUUACAAAUAUUUCUUCCAGACAACAAUAAAACUUUCUAUUCAUAAUGGUUCUGAAUUACUUUCAUUCUGAAACAGGAAAUGACAGGUUAUGACAUUAACCUCACGAAAGUAAAGGCAUUACAACUGCAUACAUUAAUAUUCAAUUAAUUCAUUUAAUAUUUAAUAUUCGAUUAACAUUAAUUCAUGCAAUUGUACCAUGACUUUUGAGUUUUUUUGAGUCAGUGUGUUGCUGCAUGUUCCAUGUUAUUUACACCUUUAGAUGGCACCACCGAGUCAGGGGCAAAAACAAUUCCAAAGUUCUAGGAGAAGAAGAGUUGUGAUUGUGAUGGGCGGUAAAGACGCAGCUAGAAGAAGAAGUAGCAUUAGUGUGUUUACUUUCAAGCAGCCGAGAGCGGGAGCUGAGCAUGAGUUUGCGCUGCAAUGUUUAUUUCUGUUAAUGUUGUGAAUAAAGGUGAGAGGAAGUGAAACGUCUCCCGGCGUCCGCUUGUGUAUUUGGCUGCAAAAUCCACCACAGGGUGGGAGUGCUCAGAGGGAUUUCCCUUUCUGUGCUUCUCAUAUUCAGAAUGGCAAUUAGGAUGUUUGGAUCUCAGGUGAUAAGUUUAACCCAACAUAAAGAGAGCCUUUGCAGAUGCACCCCCUCUUGAAAUGUUAGCAUUACACGCUAUGCUAAAUCGCUAUCCCUGGUUCUGAGAUAUCUUGAAAUACAUCCACUCCGCAGACAUGUUAGUCCUUAUUCAGACAAGCACGUGCUGGCUUUUUAAAACACCUAUCCCACAUAUAACAUCAGAAUAUUCUAUUUAUGAUAAGCCCACUAUGAAUGUCAAAACGCGCCAAACCAUGUGUCCUGUGUCGUACCAUCAUGUAUAAUGUGUGCAGAAAAAGAAACCGCAACAAAAUCCGUUCAGUGUUCAGCAAGUAAUGACUGAUUUAAUAUGCUGACACAUCAUUGUGCCUGUCAAACAAAUAGCAAUGAGCAGAGCUGAUGACCAGUCCAAGAUGGCGGCUGUAUUGUAUGUCAGUGACAUUAGGAAGUAGCAGUUGAUGUAGUUUCUACUCUUUAUGAUAGAUAGAUAGAUAGAUAGAUAGAUAGAUAGAUAGAUAGAUAGAUCGAUAGAUCGAUCGAUAGAUAGAUCGAUAGAUAGAUAGAUAGAUAGACUUUAUUGAUCCCAAACUGGGAAAUUCUCUUGUUACAGCAGCAAAAAAUUGAGACACUACCUUGUGAAGACACACGUGUCAGGACAAAAAUGAAAGAGAAAAAGAUACAAAAUUAUAAAACACACGGGAGCUGCCGUAACAGGCAGCCGCCUCUCGCGGCGCCACAGCACGAAAAAAGUUAUGUCUAUGGAAGGAGGCAGGUGUGUGUUUGUCAUGUGUUUCUAAAAAUCCACAGGGACAACAUGCACCGUACGAGAGAGGUUGUAGCAAUCACAAGCACUAACGAGCACUAAAAGAGUGUAAAUCUUUCUAUAUUUCAGAUCACAUUGCAAAAAUACUUUGACUCAAGUGAAAUCUGGCAUUUAAGUAUUAUCACCAAAGUUAGGCCAAAGCUCUAAAAGUGAAGUGAAGAAGUGAUGCUUCGUCCUCUUCAGUAGUACAUAUGACUUCUAAAAAAUUAUAUAAGGUAAAUAAGUUUGGCAAACUGGUUAUUAGCUUGCUAAGUAGGGUUGGGUACCCAGAGCUGGUUCCUAUUUAGAACCGGUCCCUAACGUCCAGUUCCAGAAUCAUGAAGCAGAUUUUUUAAUUUUGAUUUUUUUUUGGGGGGGGUUUCCGAGUUCCCGCACUAGUUUGUUUUGGGGGCGUGUGUUACUCCACUUGGUGUUAUCUGUACAUCUGGUAGCAAGAACAUCACUCGUCUGAACAUGGACCGCAAAAAACGCUCGAAAGUUUGGCUUUUUUUUUUUUCUUUUUUUUUUUUCUUGAAAGAGGAUAUUUCUCCCUUUUCUUUCUCUCAUCGGCAGACAGUACAUGCAUGUGUGUUUUCAUCCUGCAUUUUAAAAUAGCCGAAAAAGAUAAUCGUUAGGAAUCGGAAUUGAGAUGAGGAAUCUGAACCCGAAUUAUUAAAAUUUAAACAAUGCCCAACCCUAUUGCUAAGUAGCCUUGAGAAAAUAUGAAGAAGAAUGUUCAUACAAUCAAGAUUGUGAUUCUGCCAUAUAAAAAAAGAUAUGAUAUUCCUGCCAUAUCUCCAUCCUUGCUGUAGAAGUAAAAUAUUUCUUGUGUACUUCUUUUUCUCUACAGGUCUAUUCACCUUACUGUCAAAUCUUGGACUGGACAAGUUUUAUCCCAACAAGCUCAAACUUAAAUCUCUCUUGGAGAUCAACAAAAACAGUGUGUAUGAUGAAGCUGUUUCAUCACUUGAGGGAAUACCAUGGUGUUUUCUCAGAAAACUCUUUAAAAUCAACUCAGAGUGCAGAAACUGUAAUCUGUUAUCAAACAAUGAUAAUGUCAAAGACAAAAAAAAUGACGGCUUUGACUUUGACCUUUAUGACACAGAUGACUCUGUAGACAAUGCAGUGAAUCUUCUGGACCUCAUAGUAGCACUCUUCCUCUGUGCUGACAGUUUCUUACAACAAGAGAUGGCCCUCAAGAUGUCAAUAUGCCAGUUUUCUGUCCCACUGGUCCUGCCCCAUGGCAACAGCAGUCAGUGUACUUUGAUGUUGUGGGCUCUCAGAGACAUCGUCAAAGAGUGGCGUCCACAUAAUAUCUCUGAAACAAAAGGGUUCAUUGAAAACAACAUUGUCCAAGCAGACAUACCCUUCUUCUCUUUUGUGAGACUGAAAAACUGUAGUCUAUCCAAAUCCCAGUGUUUGAAUCAAAUCCUCAGCCUUGGCCAGCACAAUAACAACAUGUUUGUGCACAGAGACAUGAAAGGAGGAGCCCAUAAAAGGGAGAUUGCUAGUGGAUUGGUGGAGGUUUGCUGGUACUUCCCCAGUGGCAGAGAAAAUCUUGACAAGUUCCCAAACGCGAUUGCUUUUGCCAAUCUGAGAGGAGAUUUGACCCAAUCACUCACACAGUUCAAUUUCCUGUUUCAAGUGUCAACUGCUACCUUUGUCUUCCUGGACAAAAUUGAAGAAAACGAGCACAAGAUCCUGACUUCUCUUCAAGACGUGAGAUCUAAACUGUUCCUGGUUGUGAACCGGAAGGCCAGAGAGGAUAUGGCAUCUGUCAGAACAACAGCGGAACAGUUAGAUCUUUCGAAGAAUAAUGUGAAAACCAAAGACCCUCAGGUAAAUGUGGUUGAGUUUUCAGAAAAACUCUGUGAAACCAUCAAAACAUCACUGGAAAAUGUAAAAACUACAAUGACAAUCGAAAAUAUGCUUGAAAAGGCAGUUGAACUUGGUCUGUCUGAGGAUGAAGGCAGAGGUAAAAACCAAAAGAGGAUUGCUGAAGAGAUUGUGAAAGGUAUUGGUGUGAAACCCAUCCCUGACUACAAGAACCAACAACUUCCAUUGCAAGGUGAAAACUGGAAAAAGUUGUCUGGGUUAGAAAUGGAAGAGUGUAGGUUAAAAAAAGCUAGUGUUGACAGACUGGAAGAAUAUAAAUCUCACCUACAAAAAAAAAAACAGGCUAUUAUGGAGGAGCUUGGAAAACAAAAACCAUCCAAGGCUAUGAAUAGUUUCAUGGAACAGCUAUCUGCAAAAGAUAAGGAGGGAAGAGAUUUUUUCCUGAGGUGGAUGAAACUCAAACUGAAUGCACAUUUGCAGUCUGCACUGCAAAAUUCUUUGCUACGUCAAAAAUUGACAUGGCACUUUAAUAAAGGCACCAAAGACAACCAAGAGAUGGCUGAGCUGAAUCAGGCUUUGCUGGAAAGCUCUCUAGGAAUCGAGCAUUACAUGAGAGAGAUGGGACUGAUCUAUGAGUUUUCCUCACAGUCACCACACACUGGUGAUAAAGUAUCUCAGCUCCCUGGUUUGGCUGCUGAAAUGCUGUUGGAUGGAUAUCCUUUAGAGCUGCUGGAUGGAGAUGCCUCCAACAUCCCACAAAGAUGGGUGACAGAUGUGCUGACGGAGCUCCACAAAAAGGUUGGAGAAAAGAGCAGACUGCUGGUGCUGGCUGUGUUGGGUGUUCAAAGUACAGGGAAGUCGACACUCCUUAACACCAUGUUUGGUGUACAGUUCCCAGUCAGCAGUGGCAGAUGCACAAGAGGAGCCUACAUGCUUUUCCUCAGGGUAGGUGAGGACAUGAAAAACCAGUUGAACUAUGACUUUUUAGUUCUCAUUGACACAGAAGGUCUGAAAUCUCCCUCUCUGGCACAAUUAGAGGACAGCUAUGAGCACGACAACCAGCUGGCAACCUUUGUCAUUGGCUUAAGUGAUGUCACCAUUAUCAAUGUUGCGAUGGAGAACUCAACUGAAAUGAAAGAUGUCCUUCAAAUUGCAACUCAUGCAUUCUUGAGGAUGUCAAAAAUAGGUAAAAAGCCAAUCUGUCAUUUUGUGCACCAAAAUGUUGCUGGAGUUUCUGCCCACGCAAAAACCAUGACAGAGAGAAAACUGCUUUUAGAUCAACUAAAUGAAAUGACUCAGAUCGCAGCCUCCAUGGAAAAACAGGAUGGCAUGUUAUUCACAAAUGUGCUGGACUAUGACAUGGAGAAAAAUAACUGGAACAUCCCAGGACUCUGGCACGGGACUCCACCAAUGGCUGCAGUGAACACCGGUUACAGUGAAGCUGUGGCAGAUUUCAAGAGGAAUCUCUUGGAGACAGUAAAAAGAGACGCAGGUGAAGGUGUGUCCAAGAUCCCAGAGUUUCUAAAGUGGAUGAAAAGUCUCUGGAGAGCAGUCAAGUUUGAGAACUUCAUCUUUAGUUUCAGAAACACUCUGGUGGCCAAUGCCUAUGAAAACCUUUGCAAAGAGUUCAAUCAAUGGGAUUGGGAUUUCAGAAAAGAGAUUUCCUCCUGCCAAAAAGCAGCAGAAAUGGAAAUCUCAAACGCUGACAAUGAUGCUGAGCUUCAUCAUUUGAAUGACCUGGUUAAACUUAAAAAGUCAGAGGUAUCCAGUAAUAUAAAAGAACAACAAAAAAUAAUGCAUCAGAAACUAGAAGACUACUACAAAAGGAAAGACAGACAUGUGAAUCUGAUAGUGAGAUACAAAAGUGAGUUUUUCAUCCGAAUCGACAGUCUGUCAAAAGAAAUCCAACGUUCAGCAAACAAUGACUUGGCUUGUGCACUUGAGCAUAAAAAAAGUUCGAUAGAGGCUGAAAAACUUCAGAGGAAACACAGAGAAGUCAUUGAGGAACAGGUUAUGAAACUCUUGAGUGACUGCAAAAACCGCUCACUAUCUGACGAUGAGCUCAAAGAAGAGUUUGAAAAGAAGUGGGCUGAAGUCACAGUAAACGUAACCGGCCUAAAAGAACGAGAUAUACCUGCAGAAAUCCUCAAGCAGUUGAAAACAAAUCUCUCAAAUCAACCAGUCACUGAAGAAUUAAACAAAAUCACAGACCUCAAAGAGAUCGGGAAGGACCAAUUUAAGGCCAAAAAAGAACAUGUUAAAAUGAAAGGCCUCAAAAAUUACCUGUUGCAGAAAGACAUAAAAAGAGAAUUGCAGAGCCUGGCAAACAGCACAAUUGGGACUCUCAAACAAUAUGUGCAAGGUAAAGCAAAAACAGACCGUGACUACCAUGAUUCUUUCACUAAGGGUCUUCUGGAGGAUGCUGAUUACUUACUUCAGCCAAACCAAAAGAAAUACGAGCCCAAGUUUGCUGCUGAACUGAAAAUUCACAUCUGUGGAAUUUCUUCAAGAGAGUUUCUGCACAUGCACAGGAAAUACUUGGCCAAAAGAGAUCCAAAAGUGAAGCUGGAAGAGAAAAAGCAGCAGUACUUGGCAGAUUUUAUUGAUAUCUUCAGAAAGAGGGACCAUGGUCAGCGCAAAGGUAUUGAUUAUGUCAAAUUUUGUAUCAAACCUGCAGUUGAGGAAUACAUCAGCAGAUCCCUGGGGGAAGAGAUUGUGGAUGAAAUCUGCCAUUCAGCCGAGUACAGUUCACGCUCAUUUUUCCAGUACAACAUUCAGGAAGAGUUGCUGCAAAAGCACAACUUUGAAAGUUUUGUCAAGUACAUUGAUGAGUAUGAAGUUUUUGUUAAGGACUGGAUAUUUCAGAAUGUUAUGCAAAAAAUGUCAGAGGGCCAGACUUUGAGCAAAGUGAAGACAAAACUUCUGCAGGACAUAGUUAACAAAAUCACAGAAGCAUUAGAGCAGUCCACAAAAUGCAGUGAUGGCACUCUGUUGCAAGAAAAUCACGAAGGCAUCCAAGAGCUCAUGAGCAAUGUGCGCAAGUACUUGAACAAAGACAUCUCAAUUUCAGUGGAGGAUGAAAAAACCACUCUGUUUCAAAUCCAAUGCACACGUCAUCAAUUCAUCCACAGUUUCCAACGUUCAUUGGAGGACCUUAAAAAAGAGCUGCAGAAAGAAUUCUCAAACUCUGGUGACAUUUCUGACAUUCUUAUCAAACUCCCCACCAAACCACAGGAUGAGCUCUUUAAGCGGAUGUUUGGAUGUGGACACCGAUGUCCAUUUUGUAAAGUUCCCUGUGAGGCUGGAGGGAAGGAACACAGGCAGCAUCAUGCAGCUAUACAUCGUCCUCAAGGUCUUGGUGCGUACAGGAUUGAUGACACAGAGAAGUUGCUUGAAAGCUUGUGUACCACAGAUGUCCACAGUGAACGUACAUUCAUGAACGCAGACACAGAAUGGGAGGAGAAACCUUAUAAGGCCUACGCCACAUACUAUCCAGACUGGAACAUUCCUCCUGAUCAAACCAUACAGGCGUCUGACUACUGGAAGUAUGUCCUGGUCACAUUCAAUGACAGAUUUGCUGAACAAUACGAUGCUAAGCCUGCCGAUGUACCGGAGACCUGGAGGAGCAUCACAAAGGAACAAGCUCUGACAGGCCUAAAAGAAGCCUUUAAUGUAAAGUGA